AUGCCUCAGAAGCAAAGGGCGGUUCCUAAACCACGACCAAAAGACUCGACGGCUCCGUCGUGGUCCUGGGCGUCGGUGUUCAUGAGGCAAACCAUGGCGCAUGUUGACUGGUACAGAAGCGAAUGGUGGUUGACAAGCGACAUGUUCCUACGAGACGCUUUUGAGGAAGCUCAUUGCGAGCCGGAAGCGACGACCACUCCGUUCGGCAAACUGAAGGACGCCGCCUACUUGAGGCUCGAUGCGGUGUUGUACCCGUGGUAUCUUCGUUCGUUCUGCCAGAUGGCUGAGCGGGAAAGGGGUUGGAACAGACGUCCAGGGACGAAGGAUUUGUUCAUCGAGAGGCCGAACCAUUCCACAAAAUGCACCAUGGAGACACAAGAGCUCACAGUCGACGACGCAAAUGGUUGA